CGUUGUUUAUGCGAAAACAGUGCCGUAUUUAUUGGUAAGGGUCAACGUUGAGGGCGCUAUUUCAAACAUGGAUGUUGAAACUGAAAGUUGUGCUCCGAAAAAGUUGAGCCACAAGCAGUACAAGGCUCUCCUAAAGAGGGAAAAGCGAAGAUGUCAACGACAGGCUGCUGCACAGCUCCAAGCGGAAUUGGAGGCAAGGAAUGCUCCUCCCUCAGAGGACCCCACUGUUGAGGAGACGGCAAGACUUGUCAAGAUAGAACAGGAGCAAGAGAAGAAAGAUGAAGAAGAAAGGAGGGUAGCACAUGAAGCAUGGUUGGAACGAGAACAGCUAGCCCAGGAAGCAUUUGAGGUCAUAAAGAAGAAAGAGGAGGCGCAGAAAAAGAAACUCUUGGAAGAGCAGCGACGCAUCCAGGAGGAAUGGGAGGCAAGACAGAAGCAGGAGAAGCAGACUAGCCAAAGCAAGAAGGAGCGAGAACUCGAGGAUGUCCUGCAGCAACUCGACAAGGAAAUAGAAGCAGGGGAGGAUAAACCAACGCAUAACCCUGAAGCACCACGACAGUCGCAGCAAACGAAGCAAGAACCAUGCUCCUUCUACCGUAAAACUGGAGGUUGUCGCUUCGGUGAUAGGUGUUCCCGCACCCACAUCCCACCUGAGAUUAGCACUUCCCUCCUCUUCCCCCACAUGUACAUCGACUUCACCCUGGAGCAGAGCCAUCGAGACGAGUACGACACCGACAUGGGCUUGGAGUAUGACGAAGGAGAUGCUUACGAGAGAUUCUUAGAGUUCUACAAUGACGUGUUGCCUGAGUUGAAGGAAUUCGGAACUGUAGUUCAGUUCAAGGUUUGUUGCAACUGGGAGCCACAUCUGCGCGGCAAUGUCUACGUCCAAUACAAGAGAGAGGAGGACAGCAGUAAAGCCAGGGACUCCUUCCAUGGCAGGUUCUACGCAGGCAAACAGCUCUCUUGCAUCUUCACCCCAGUCACCAGCUGGAAGGCUGCUAUCUGUGGCAUGUUCCACCAGAACAAGUGCUCAAGAGGGAAGAACUGCAACUUUCUGCAUGUCUUUCAGAACCCGAACCGUGAGUUUGCCAAUGCUGACAGAGACUUCCAGACGCUGGGGAGCCGAGGUGGGCAGAGCCAGAGAGGGUGGCGGUAUGAUCAGGACAGGAGGAAUCGAGAUCGAAGUCGGAGCAGAGAGAAAAGGAGAGAGCAAUGUCGCAGAAGCCACAGCCGAGACAGAAGGCAUAGAUCAAGAGAACGCAGCAGGAGCCGAGAACGUAGAUCCCGAUAUUCAUCAUCAAGAAGUCACAGAUCAAGGAGCCGGGAUAGAAGCAGAAAGAAAAGGUCCAGAACCCGUAGUAGAUCUCGAAGCAGGAGCCCCCUAAGGACAUCAAGGAGACACAGGUCAAGGAGUGGUAGCAGGUCCAGACGUCACUCACCAAGAAGUCCUAGAGAAACAAGUACAAGAAGCCAAGAUCGAUCAGUGCAUCACAGGUCCAGGAGUCGAUCAAGACACAGAGACUCACGCAGCCCAAGCCUUCCAAGGAGCUCCAGGUCCCGAAGUGUUAGCCCACAAAAGACUAAGAGUAAGAGUAAGUCGAGGAAUGUGAGAAGUCAAAGCAGGUCAAGGGAUGAUCAACAGUCAUCCUCAGACUGUGAUGAUAACAUCCAUGUGAGAACCAAACAUCGGAAGAAGAAACAUAAAUCUGCCAAGGACAAAGGCAAAGUUGAACCUCCUGAUCCUAGCCAUGAAGAUGUUUCUAACCAAGAUACAAAUGCUGAUGGAGUUAACAAGUGUGAACUUUUAGAUUCAAAUUAUCAGGAGAGAUCAACAAAUGGAGAUCAUCAUAAGGAAGCAGAGAAUGUGAACACUGAUCAGCCUCUGAUUAAGACUGAGAUCACAGAGGAACUUAAAAAAAAUACUAGAUUAGAAGACAGUGAAAAACAAGAUCAUGCAUCCAGAGAGUCAACCGGAGAUGAUUCUGGAGGGGAGUUGGAGGAGUCUAAAUCAUUGGACAUCAAGCGUUCAAGGUCGCUGGGUAAAGACGAGUUAACGAGUAGCCAUCGCAGCAGCAAUAAAAAGAAGCACAAGCACAAGCACAAGAAACGCCGUCACAAGAAACAAAGGAGAUUGUCGCCACACUCGGACAGCUAAUCAUUGAUCUAAAUUUCAAGUAACACUGACAGAAGGGCAGUAAACGAUCAUGGGUUUUUUAUACUCGUUUUAUUUUCCACUGAGCGUAAUGAAAACUUGUGGGAAUGUCUGCUGUUACAAGUUCAAUAGAAUCAAGCACUGGAAGUAACAGUAGAUUUCAGGAGUUUCAAAAAUAGUCUCUAAAUAAACGGGCUAAUAUGAAAUGUAUUGGCAAAUACUUACAAAAUGUCAAAGAGAAGGAGUAUGGGCUCCGUGCGCCAACAUAAGAGGGCGUGUUUUUACCACUUUUGAGAGCUCCGUGUAUAGGACACACAGCGUGCGCGCACUGUACUGGUUUGCGCACGAAGUAGGCACGACUUCCUGAAUGUACAAAAGCUAUUGGCCACAGUGUCUUGUCGUGAGCGUCAGGCGUAGUCGGCGCGCGAAUACGUUAGAAUUUAACUUGCGAUGGUCUCCCAGACUAAUCCUCGCCUCAAAUAACUUUGCAUCAUUCGAAAUACGCAGUGCAUAUGGAUCGGGAAGCAGUCUAGGUCUCCCUCAACUCU